ACCGGUUCUUACUGAUCCGGAUCAACCGGAUCAAAAUCCGGGUUCCGUUUCGGUACCGGUUCCGGUACCUAUAAGACCGGUUCCUUACCGGUUCAACCGGUACGGGAACCGGACCGGACAAAAACCGGUCCAAUUGCCAGCCUUAGUUUGAACUGCUUACUAUCAUAUUACUAAAAUAAUUAUUCAUUUCUAUUCUCACACUUGGUUUUUCAGAAAAAUUUUGCAACAAGGUGAAUCUCAGUUUACUAUGCUUUUGCGUAUGUGUUGCUUUCUAUGAAAAUCUACAAAAGGGAAGGGCAAGACAUCCAGAGUUUCAACAACAGUGGAUUUAUAGUGGCCUUGAAAGUCAUAUUCAAGGAGCAAAUAGAGAAAUACAGGCUGCAUCAUCAACUUAGGAGGGAAAUGGAGAUUCAAACCAGCCUUCGUCAUCCCAAUGUACUGAGGCUAUAUGGUUGGUUUCACGAUGAGGAGCGGAUUUACUUGAUUUUGGAGUAUGCUCAUGGCGGUGAGCUGUAUAGGGAGCUAAGGAAGACCGGUCGCCUGUCUGAGAAACAAGCUGCCAUAUAUAUUGCAAGUCUCACACAAGCACUAGCGUACUGUCAUGAGAAGCAUGUUAUUCACAGGGACAUAAAGCCAGAAAACCUGUUACUUGAUCAUGAGGGUCGCUUAAAGAUUGCAGACUUUGGGUGGUCUGUACAAUCUAGAAGCAAGAGACAUACAAUGUGCGGAACUCUGGACUAUCUGGCACCAGAAAUGGUGGAGAACAAAGCUCAUGAUUAUGCAGUUGACAAUUGGACCCUGGGGAUCCUUUGCUAUGAGUUUUUAUAUGGUGUGCCUCCAUUUGAGGCCGAGAGACAGACCGACACAUUCAGAAGAAUUAUGAAGGUAGACCUCAGCUUCCCUUCAACACCAGAUGUAUCUGGUGAAGCUAAGAAUCUCAUUAGCCAGCUUCUUGUGAAGGACUCUUCUAAAAGGCUGUCUCUUCAAAAGAUCAUGGAGCACCCUUGGAUAAUUAAGAAUGUCACAUGACACUAUAAUGUGAGUCUCGUCGCCAAUUUGCAUCGUUUAGUUAAAUCCCUGUUUGUUGUUUCAACUCUUUUUCCUAUUACAUAAUAUGAGAUCGCUUCGGGUAUAUGCAUAUAUUAAAAAGUCACUACAUGAGAUUUACUUUA